AUGGCUGAUUCAAAAACUACCGGUGUAUACCGAAUUCCUCCUUUCUUUUAUUUACACGUACUUGAUCAAAAUACAAAUGUAACUCGACUUGAAGUAGGUCCAAAAACUUUUGUUAAACAAGAUCAUGAAAAAGUUAUACUUGGACCUGAACGCAUGUUAAUCAUUCCUCCACGUCAUUAUGCUGUUAUUGAAAAUCCAGCAGUUCGAGAUAAAGCUAACAAAGUUGUUAUAGAUAGAAAUGGUCAAGUUAAAUUACUUCAUUCAGAUGUUGAUAUUCGUUUUGCACAAGAACCAUUUCCUCUUUAUCCAGGAGAAACUCUUAAACAAGCUGUAACACCAUUAAAAGUUAUUGAACCUAAUUGUGCUUUACGUCUUCGUGCUGUUCUUGAUUUUGUGAAUGAACAAGGUGAACAAGUUCGAGCUGGUGAUGAAUUUCUUUUUCAAGGACCUGGAACAUAUUUUCCACGUAAAGAAGUAAGUGUUGAAGAACAAGUUAAAGCCGUUAUUCUUAAACCAAAUGAAGCUGUUCGUUUACGUGCUAAAAAAGAAAUGGUAGAUCGAGAUGAUAUUUCACGAGAAACAGGUGAAGAAUGGCUUAAUCGAACCGUUGGCUCGUAUUUGCCAUUAGCCUAUGAAGAAGUUGUCUCAACUGUCAAGGCUUACGUGCUUACUGAUAAAAAAGCUCUUCAUGUUCGUGCAUUACGUACAUUUACUGAUGCAUUCAAACGUAAACGUCUUCACGGAGAAGAAUGGUUAGUAUAUGUAAAGGAUGCUGAAACAUAUAUUCCUGAUGUAUAUGAAGAAGUUGUUGGUGUUGUAUCAGUAACAGUAUUAAAUUCUCGUCAAUAUUGUGUUAUUCUUGAUCCAGUUGAUACUGAUGGUAAACCUCAACUAGGAAAGAAAAAACUUAUUAAAGGUGAAAAAACAUUUUUUCUUCAACCUGGUGAAAAAUUAGCUAACGGCAUUCAAGAUGUAUAUGUUCUUGAAGAAGAUGAAGGUCUUAUUCUUCGUUGUACAGAAUCAUUUAAAGAAGAUGGAAAAGUCCUACGUAAUCCCGGUGAUCGUUGGAUGGUUCGAGGUCCAAAAGAUUAUAUACCAGCCGUUGAAUCUGAAGUUGUUCUACGUCGUAAAGCUAUACCAUUAGAUGUCAAUGAAGGAAUCUAUGUUCGUGAUGUUAAAACUGGUAAAAUUCGUUCAGUUAUUGGUAGUACAUAUUUAUUAACUGAAAAUGAAGAACUUUGGGAAAAAGAAUUACCAGGACAAGUUGAACAAUUACUUGUAUUAGAUGCACGACAUUUUGAAGAUAAAUCAGGUACACAAAAUGUUAUUCCACCAAGAGAUAAAUCAAAAGUUGUUGCUUAUCGUGUACCACAUAAUGCUGCUGUACAAAUAUAUGAUUUUAAAUCUAAAAAAGCACGUAUUGUUUUUGGUCCUGAACUUGUUAUUCUUGGACCUGAUGAACAAUUUACAGUUUUAAAUUUAUCUGGUGAAAAACCUAAAGUACCAAAUAAAAUUCGAGCAAUAUGUCUUUUAUUGGGACCAGAAUUUUCAAGUGAUAUUGUUACAAUUGAAUCAAGUGAUCAUGCUCGUCUUUCACUUAGACUUUCAUAUAAUUGGCAUUUUGAAAUUAAUGAUCAUAAUGAUAAUAAAGAAGUUGCAAAACUUUUUUCUGUUCCUGAUUUUAUUGGAGAUUUUUGUAAAGCUGUUGCUGCUAAAAUUCGUGGUGCUGUUGCUGGUAUUCCAUUUGAUGAUUUUCAUAAGAAUUCAGCGAAAAUUAUUCGUGCAUCUGUAUUUGGUCUUGAUGAAAAUAAACGUAUUAUUAAACGUCUUUUAUUUCCACAAAAUAAUUUGGUUUUAACAUCAAUUGAUAUUCAAAGUGUUGAACCAGUUGAUCAACGUACACGUGAUGCACUUCAAAAGAGUGUUCAAUUAGCUAUUGAAAUUACAACUAAUUCUCAAGAAGCUCAAGCAAAACAUAUAGCUUCACGAACAGAACAAGAAGCAAAAGGUCUUUUAGAAAGACAAAAGAUUGCUGAUGAAGCUGAAGCCGAAAAGGAACGUCGAAAUUUAUUACAACUUCAAGCUCAAUCAUCAGCUGUUGAAUCAACUGGUCAAUCACGUGCUGAAGCUCAAUCACGAGCUGAAGCGGCUAAAAUUGAGGGUGAAUCUGCUGUUGAACAAGCUACACUUCGUUCUAAAGCAGCGAAAAUCGAAGGUGAUAUUGAACUUUAUCGUUUAACACAAGCACGUGAAUUAGAAUUAAAUUAUUCGAAAAUGCAAACUGAUUUAGAAAUUGAUAAAGCUAAACGAUUAGCUGAAAUUGAAAUAAAGGAAUUUAAAGAACAUGUUAGUGCUAUUGGACCAAAAACAAUUCAAGCUAUUGCUACUAGUGGACCCGAUAAUCAAGUUAAACUUCUUCAAGCUCUUGGUAUUAAAUCAACAUUAAUUACUGAUGGACGUAGCCCAAUUAAUCUUUUUAAUACAGCUGUUGAUUUAGUUGGAACGACACAACAACAUUGA